AUGCAGUUCUGCCUCAUAUUUCUUCUCAUCAUCGGUCACAUACUAUUUCCAGUUACAACAGCACCAAACAAAGUGAUAUCAAAAAAGACCUUACGUCAGAAAAAAGCGCCCACCUAUCCCUAUCAAUAUCAAAUAUUAGUUCCCAGUCUGCAAGUCCUGCCUAUUCAUGGAAACCGCUGGAACGAGAAUAAGCUUAACUUGGUGCCAAUUCAUGAGCUGGUACCAGUAAACCAACUUUCGGUUAUUCCGCUUCAGAGAAAGGAUCCCGUAUAUCAGUACCACGACGAAGGCAGGUAUAGGAAUGCCAUAGGAGGUUACGGAGUGGGCUGGAAAUAUGGGGGUCACGGGGCUGGACACGGGUUUUAUUAUGGAUUUGGGUAG